GGCGUCUCCUCUGAAUAGUGCAAACGACUCUAACAGGUCGAGUGUGUGCCAGAGGAAUGUCGAGAUCUUCUCAUCCACGGCUUCACGCCGAGGACUCUCAGGUAUUGAGGGCUCUAAAUUCGGAGUCGUUUCCUUCAGAGCCUCCUGAUAUCAGGAAUUGGUUCUCGAGCUACUUGUACGAGUCCCCCGAAUUGAAUUCAGUUGAUGGUUUCCUAGAUCUUGAUGGAUCUAAAUCAGCCUCUAUUGAAGAUGAUAACAAAGAAAAAUCUGGAGAAAUUCUUAAUGAAGGCAAAUCCGAGGCUGAUUUUCUCAUUGCAGGAAAACAAUUAUCAGAGGAGAUUGUCCAUCGCAAUGAGCCUGAUGUAUGUGAAUCCAGCAAGUCAGACGCCAUGGAUGAUCACAACAUUAGGCCUAUGACAAAGCCACGUGUCCUAAAUUCAUUCAAUUUGAAAAGCUCCGGCGAACAAAAAAAGUCACCACAGGAACCAGGCAACGCAGACGAGGCCAAAAGGAUGGGCUGUUGUCUGAUAGACAGAACAAAUGACAACACAUUUCAUGAAGAAUACACUAAAUACAACCAGGAUGCAGAUAGCCAAUCCCAUAAGUCCUCCGCAAGUAACAAAUCUGUCGAGGAAGGUAUGGGAAAGGAAAAUCUUAAUAAUGUUGCAUCAUCUGGAAUUAGAGAUUGCUCGAAAUCAGAACCUGUUGCAAAUGGAAGUGAUGGUUUUGUAUCUACGCGGAAAAAGACUCGAAGAUCAAAUUCUGUGGAGAAUAAUGUGAUACAAAAAAGAGGGCUACAACUUUUCUCAAAUCUUGUCAGGGUGGCUAACAAAAGCAUCGAGGCUUUGUCUUACAGCUGUGAUGAUGCAUUGGGAGAUACUGGAGAAUGGCAAUGCCCUCAGAAGAAUAAACCAAAUCUUGGCCCUCCUAUGAAGCAGGUUCGAUUGGAGCAGUGGGUUCGUCGUUGCGCGAAAAAUGGAUAGGUAGCGGCGGGAAUGAAUUACCCGGUAUGUAGUGCAACUGUUAGAAUGUUUUGCAUUAUAUUGUCACUUGUUAGAACAAAUGUGUGAGCAAGAAACUACUCCAAAUAAAUGGGGGCAUAAUUGGCUAUAACAUACGGGUG